CUCUAUCUCUACAAUUGGAUUAUAACUAUAGAUCAAGAAGUGGAGUAUUUCUGGAAAGAGAAGGUGACCGGCGCAGCCAUUCUGUUCUACCUGAACAGGUAUAUCAGUCUGGCGUCCUUCGUAAUCAGCUUAGUCGAUUGGAUGCCCAUGACGGACAAGGUACGGAAUUUGCCCCUCCCCCCUUUGUCGCGGAAGUUGACAUUCACGCGACUAGCUUUCGCAGGGUUGCGCUGCUUCGCAUUGACGCAUGGGAACUGGUUCUUGGCCACUCUAGUCUUCGUGCUCUCUUUGGUUCCCCUAGGUGUCAACUUGGUGAACACU